UUCUUAUUUCAAUGUUUGCCAAUAACUUUAGCGCCCACUGUUAAUAGCAGUUCUGUAAAAACAUAUGCUACAGAUCUGUUAAACCAUAACAGCUGACAGGUUGUUGUGAGUUGGACGGUUUGUUGGUUGUUUUGUGAAAGGCAAAAAGUGGAAUCCAAUGCAAAUAAACCAUUAACAUGCAAAUUAAACCCAUAAUUACAUAUUCUGGCGCUUGUCCACUUUUUCGAUCACUCGAAUCGCAAAUCUUGAAUGCAAUUCCUCUGGACACUUGUGAGUGGCGUCGCACGUUCCAAAGGCCAACUAAACAUGUUCGUCUGGAGGCGCAGGCCCAGCAGUUCAAUGUGGAACCAUUAGAGAAGUACAAACAGGGCGACUGGAGCAUUUUGGAUCAUCCCAUUCUGCACAUCUAUGUCACGGAUUGUAAUGACGUUGAUGCCUACAAGGCAACGAUACGCGAGGAAAUCGAUACUUGGCUCAAGCUUUUGACUAGCUACGGCGUCUCUGAUUGGAUGAUUUUACUAGUGGAGACGCUGGACAUACGAAAAACGAAGAAUUUAUUGCCUCGCACCACUGUAUUGGAUAAGAUACGAUUGGACUUCGGUAGUAAAAACGAUGAUCGCUGUAUAUCCGUCUUGAAUCCAGCGAAAUUUGAGCAAAAAUCCACAGAAUCGUUUCGCUGUUUGGUGCAGCGAAUACGUUUUCUAAUGUUGACCAGUUACAAUCGGAAUAUUGCCAAAUAUGAGGAGCUUAUCAGGAGUAAACGUGAGAAACGCAAUCAUGAUGAUUGGGACUUUCGGCAAUAUUUCUUUUUGCAAGAGGAUUUGGCACUGAUACUCGAGAAACUCGAGUUGCCAACUGAGGCUCUUAUACAAUAUGAUGAAUUGGAUGCCAUGUUUUCGCAGUUCAUCACACACACGGGCUUCAAUGAGAAGCAACAGUGGUUGUCCUACUUUAAGCGACCUCUGAGCGCUUUUCAUGGCAUCUGCUUGAGCCGUGUGGAUAAAUUUGAGAUGCGUCAGAAGAUUCGUAGCGAAGGAGUCUCACUCUUGGAAUUCCGUAAUUAUUUGUUCGAGCGACAGGCUUAUUUGCUGCUCACCUGCAAUGAUAUACCCGAGAUUGCUAAGCGACUGCUGGGAUUUCUCUUUUCGACGUUACGUGAGGUGGAGUACAUUAAGUUGGACUGUCAGGAAGGUGCUCUGUGCUGCUGGGAAUUUGUCUGUGCUCUGGAGGUGCUGCAGUUAUGUGAACAGGCCAUGGAACCCAAUGAGGUUACAUGCUUUCAACACUGUGCGCCGAUUUGGAAUCUCGCUAAGGACAAACUCUAUGAGCUGGGUAAACUUUGUGGUUUAUUGCCUGGUUGUACGCCUAGUUCGGAGCAGCUGCACAUUGUGGUGCAGUUGUCAUCGGGCAUUGGUGAUGCGCCACCACAACAGCAAUUUCUGCAAGCAAUGCCCCAGCUACGAGAUCGUUCUCCGAAUCGGAAGCCCAAGCUGUCGGCGGCCCAACAACUCAAGGAGGCUCUCGGCUCAAAUCAGGCAUUCCAGAAGCUCUAUCUGGAGCUGGCGGAGCUGGCAAUUAGCACGUACAAACAUGUGACGCGCUUGCGAUCGGCUCGUCUUGUGGGGCUCGAUCUUGGAAAGUUUUAUUGCGCCUUGAAUGAACCUCACAAAGCGGUGGGAUUUUUUACGGAUUUGUUGCGCGAACUGAAGGCGGAGAAUUGGCAUACGCUGAGUUCACAAACGUUACUGGAGCUGGCCAAUUGCUAUCGCAAAAUGGGCGAUUCCUUGGCUUACACCAAAACCUGUAGUUCCAUAUCUUGCUGCGCUGAACUAGAGACUUUGGUGCGAACAUUCUACUUUGAUGAGUUUCUCAAGUCGUUGAAGACACUAAACACAACAUUAUCGGCACAGCCAUCUAUGGAGAAUGCUAACUACUGUGUGUUGGAGGAUCACUUUCGCGUACUGGAUAUCGAGGUGCUUAACGCCAAUCCAAUAAUACAAGAUGAUCAUUUACUUGUACAACUAAAAGUUGAAAGUCUCUAUCCACGUGGAAUUGUUGCGGAGUGCAUCAAAAUCUGUUAUGAGCUACAUGUGACACCUGAAUUAGAGGCUGCUCUUCAGCAGGAUGUGCCACUAAAGAGCAAGGAUUGCUCGUCUCGCUUGAAGGUCACAUUGCAGCUGUUCCACAAGCAAGAUGGCUCUCUCAAUAGCGCCUCUGUGGCAUCGGAUACGCCCAAGACAAAGCAACCGGUGCGACGCACAAGCAGUACCAAGCGCAAACUGUCGCCCAGUGUUCAAUCGGACUUCAGUAACACUGUGCAGGCCGAAAAUAUUGCGCUGCAGCCGGGCAUUAAUCUGCUGGAGCUGAAGGGCAAGGCUAAUCGUGUUGGACGAUGGCAAUUUAAGCAGUUGUGCGUCAGCAUGUCUAGUCUGGAGUUUCUCUCGGAGCAGUUGGCCAUGCAGUUGCAGCCGCCCACGUUUGAGAUAUGUACCAAGCCAGCAAGUGCUUUACUGCACUUUAAGACACUAAUAGCGGGAAUUGUACAACCAAUCAAUCUGUAUGUCACCGGCGGAAGUUUCAUCUUUCCGCCAGAUGCCAAAAUCACAUUACGUUGCUCGAAGAAUUUGCGCAUACGUCAAGCUCUGCCGGUAGACGAUCCUGGCUGUGGCAAUGAUGCCACAUUUGAGCAAACUUUGUUAGUGCCGUUGCUUCAGUUCAAGUCGUUUGAGGAGCGUUCCAUUCCGCUAGAGGUGCUCACCGAUAUGCCAGGUCGUAAGGUGGCCAAACAUCAUGAACAUCACAUCACGCUUAGCUGUCCGUGGUCGCGCAAUGAGCUACAAAUUCCGCUGGAGUUUCAGCCAGCCAUGGAGGCCACUUGCCGGCUGCACACAUGCGGCACUCAAAAGUUUUUGCAGGUCAUUAUGAAGGGACUGGAUGCGCAGCUGCUGCUGCAUCAGGCCAAGGUCAAGUGCGAUGUACCAGGCGUACGUUUGCAGGAUUUAAAUCCCGAUCCUCAGGAGCCAAUUGAAAUUCACAAAUCACUGACGGUCACCUAUCUGUAUGAGAUUCAAGUGGAGCCGCUAACAGAGCAUGAACUGCCUAUCGUUAAGGUGCACUUUGUGGUCAAAUAUACCACAUUGACAGAGCCACAGGUCUGGCGCAAUUACGGUUGUGCCUUCGAUCUCGUUGAUUACUCCACGCUGUUUAAGCUGCAGGCUCAGAUGGAGCCCAAUGAGUUGUGUCGUCUGCGCACAGUUUGCAAUCUAAAUCUAAAGAUUACGAAAGUUAAUGAGAAUCCCUAUGUGGAUCUAAUGUAUGAAGUAUUGAAUGAUCAGAAUCUGUGGGCUGUUUGUGGCCGCUCGGCUGGCGUUGUUUCCAUGAAGGAUGUGGACAGCCAUUCAAUAUCUCUAGAUGUGAUGCCACUUAGCACGGGAUUUCUACCCAUGCCCAGCAUACGUCUAUCGAAGUACACGGCGGGUGGCAAGAGCAAAACCGAUGGUCACUCGAAGGUGCAUCCAUUUCCGCCUGGCCAGGUGUACAACUCGACUAAGAGCAUGCAGAUCCAUGUGAUUGCCAGUGUCAGCGGUGAACAGUGAAA